AUGGCAAAAGUGUAUACUCAAAAUGAUUUUGAUAGGCUAAUGAAAAAGUUUGAGCAGGUUGAUGUAAUGGUGAAGAAAUACUUGGAGUUGGCUGGAUAUAAGAAGUGGACAAGGUUGUAUGCACCAAUUCCUCGGGGUUGGAUGAUGACGUCAAAUAUUGCAGAGUGCAUCAAUUCGACAUUGGUAGCAGUAAGAGAAUUACCGAUAUUUGACUUUCUUGAACAAGUGUACUUGAUGUUUGCUAGAUGGAAUUGCACAAUUCGAAAAAAUCUAUCAUACAUAUUCACACUACUUGGGAAGAAGUUUCAGAAGAUGCUUGUACUUGAUGAAUCAAAAUUUGGACGUAUGACGGUUGUCUCGUCAACUGAUUACGUUUAUUCAGUAAGUGAUGAAGGGAAGACUUAUAUUUGUGUAUAUCCUCUCCCUGACAACAGUGAAUGGAAUAUACCUAAACAUAUUGCUAAUGAAGUUGUGUUGCCACCAAAAUACAAGCGACCUCCAGGAAGGCCAAAGAAGCAACGGGAGAAGUCAUUUAGCAAGUGGAGUAAAAGGAAGGGUACAAAUUGUAGUGCGUGUGGACAACGUGAUCACAAUAGGCGUUCAUGUCGAACUGCAACAUGA